AUGAAAGAACCAGCCGAAUACAAACGGACGUUUGAAAUUGAAGAGAGCAUGCACCUCUUUGGACUGUUAACGGAUGCAUACUCCAACUUUAGUUUGUCAACAGUUGUCCGCAAAACGAUGAUGCAUAAGCUAGAGCACAUCGUGCUACCAGUAGUCAGCCAUGUACCUCUUUCCCACUUUGUAAACUACAUAAACAAACGGGCAAGAAAAGAGAACACAUGA